AUGCUGAAUGAAAUAGAUGCAAGAGGUUUAUGGCCCAAUGAAGUUCGUUAUGGGGCUCUCUUGAAUGGUUUCUACAAGCAUGGCGUAUUGGUUUCUGCAAGAAAUAUCCUCAAGAAGAUGAAGUUGGAUAGAAUAUCUCCUAGUCAUAUUGCAUAUACAAUGUUAAUAGAAGGGAUGUGCAAAAUGGGGUCACUUGGAGAAGUUGUACCUUUACUUGAGGAAAUGUUUGAGAGGAGUAUAUGUCUUGAUGUUAUUUCAUACUCGGUGCUUCUAAAUGGAUUUUGUAAAGCUGGAAUGCUAAAUACAGCAAUGGAGAUAUUAAGGUCAUGUGAAUCUGAAAAGGCAAAAAAGGCUAAAAUCCAAGAAGUGGUGCAAUCUGAAUCGUCUCUUACAAACAUUAAGGUUGUAGAGAGGUGCUUUGGACCUCAACGCAAGAGUCAUAUAGUUGGAUUUGGUGGUGGGAUAACCUUUGUAGAGAAGGUUGUUGCUGUUGGUUCUUCAGCCAUAUCGUACUACUCAAUGAACCUUCUGUUGCAAAUUGUGUGCCUGAUUUUUCACUGUAGAGGUCUUAAGUUAUUUGAUGACUGUGGAUUGAAUUGCCUGAUCAAAUAUUUGAAGUCCGAAGAAGCUAUCCUUGAAGAAAGUGUAGAGCAACUUCAAGUACAAGAGCUGAAAAUAUUUGACGAAAUUGCCCUUGCAGAGGUUAUGCGGCCGCACAAUUAUGUGUGCACUCCGCACGUUGAGCUUGACUGGUCAACUGGGCCUCCUGGGGUCGCAGAAAAGUGGGAUGCGGCCGCACUUCAUUUGAUUGUGCGGACUGCACAUUUCUGA